UGAUUCAGCACUUCUCACCCAAGGGAGACAGCACAGGGAGAGACAGCCAGUGCUGUUCAAGAAAUGAAACAACUCUGAGAGUGUUGUAAUCACUACCAUCUUCCUUUACACCCAACUGUUCAGUUUCUUAUUUACUGACUUAGCUGCCUACCUACUCAAGCCAAGCAGGCCACUUCUUGACCCGGUGAAGGUCUCAGGAUCUGUACAUCACUGCAGAAAUAUCCAGGAAGGCUCAGCAACAACUUCAAAGAUGGUGAAUGAAUACAAGAGAAUUGUUCUGCUGAGAGGACUUGAAUGUAUCAAUAAGCAUUAUUUUAGCUUAUUUAAGUCAUUGCUGGCCAGAGAUUUAAAUCUGGAAAGAGACAACCAAGAGCAAUACACCACGAUUCAGAUUGCUAACAUGAUGGAAGAGAAAUUUCCAGCUGAUUCUGGAUUGGGCAAACUGAUUGCGUUUUGUGAAGAAGUACCAGCUCUUAGAAAACGAGCUGAAAUUCUUAAAAAAGAGAGAUCAGAAGGAGAAACAUCACUGGAAAAAAAUGGUCAAGAAGCAGGUCCUGCAACACCUACAUCAACUACAAGCCACAUGUUAGCAUCUGAAAGAGGCGAGACUUCUGCAACCCAGGAAGAGACUUCCACAGCUCAGGCGGGGACUUCCACAGCUCAGGCGAGGACUUCCACAGCUCAGGCGGGGACUUCUACAGCCCAGAAAAGAAAAAUUAUGAGAGAAGAAGAGACUGGAGUGAAAAAGAGCAAGGCGGCUAAGGAACCAGAUCAGCCUCCCUGUUGUGAAGAACCCACAGCCAGGUGCCAGUCACCAAUACUCCACAGCUCAUCUUCAGCUUCAUCUAACAUUCCUUCGGCUAAGAACCAAAAAUCACAACCCCAGAAUCAGAACAUUCCCAGAGGUGCUGUUCUCCACUCAGAGCCCCUGACAGUGAUGGUGCUCACUGCAACAGACCCAUUUGAAUAUGAAUCACCAGAACAUGAAGUAAAGAACAUGCUUCAUGCUACAGUGGCUACAGUGAGCCAGUAUUUCCAUGUGAAAGUUUUCAACAUCAACUUGAAAGAAAAGUUCACAAAAAAGAAUUUUAUCAUCAUAUCCAAUUACUUUGAGAGCAAAGGCAUCCUGGAGAUCAAUGAGACUUCCUCUGUGUUAGAGGCUGCUCCUGACCAAAUGAUUGAAGUGCCCAACAGUAUUAUCAGAAAUGCAAAUGCCAGCCCUAAGAUCUGUGAUAUUCAAAAGGGUACUUCUGGAGCAGUGUUCUAUGGAGUGUUUACAUUACACAAGAAAACAGUGAACCGAAAGAACACAAUCUAUGAAAUAAAAGAUGGUUCAGGAAGCAUAGAAGUGGUGGGGAGUGGAAAAUGGCACAACAUCAACUGCAAGGAAGGAGAUAAACUCCACCUCUUCUGCUUUCACCUGAAAACAAUUGACAGGCAACCAAAGUUAGUGUGUGGAGAACACAGUUUCAUCAAGAUAUCAAAGAGAGGAAAUGUACCAAAGGAGCCUGCUAAGGAAGAAGAUCACCAUCAUGGUCCCAAACAAGUGAUGGUGCUGAAAGUAACAGAACCAUUUACAUAUGACCUGAAAGAGGAUAAAAGAAUGUUUCAUGCUACCGUGGCUACUGAAACUGAGUUCUUCAGAGUGAAGGUUUUUGACACGGCUCUAAAGAGCAAGUUCAUCCCAAGAAAUAUCAUUGCCAUAUCAGAUUAUUUUGGGUGCAAUGGGUUUCUGGAGAUAUACAGAGCUUCCUGUGUCUCUGAUGUGAACGUUAAUCCAACAAUGGUUAUCUCAAAUACACUGAGACAAAGAGCUAAUGCAACUCCUAAAAUUUCUUAUCUUUUCUCACAAGCAAGGGGGACAUUUGUGAGUGGAGAGUACUUAGUAAAUAAGAAAACGGAGAGGAAUAAAUUCAUUUACUAUGGAAUUGGAGAUGAUACAGGGAAAAUGGAAGUGGUGGUUUAUGGAAGACUCACCAAUGUCAGGUGUGAACCAGGCAGUAAACUAAGACUUGUCUGCUUUGAAUUGACUUCCACUGAAGAUGGGUGGCAGCUGAGGUCUGUAAGGCACAGUUACAUGCAGGUCAUCAAUGCUAGAAAGUGAAGGAAAGCCACUCAACCCAGACUCAGUCGGGAGAACCUCUCUGGAACCAUACUUCUGAAAACCUGAAUGCCAAUGAUAUUUUUUUGUGGAGAUAAGAUUCAAUUACAGAAAAUAAAUGUGUAUAAGCCUAUUGAAAUAUCAGUCCUAUAAAGACCAUCUCUUAAUUCUAGGAAAUGGUGUUUUCUUAUAUUCUUUACACAUUUUCUAUAUCUAAAUUCAUUUGUUGUCUCUAUAACUUCUAUAACUGUUCAAUUUGCAAUUUUUAUGCCUAAAACUUAUAAAAAUAAAUUCACACAAUUUCUGUAAA